ACGGCGAACAUGUACAAUGAUUGAUCCCUAACAUGGCCGACUUUCACAUGUGAAUUGUGAAAUACUGCUGGUUAAAUUUAUCCGAGAGGUUGCAGUUGUGUUUUUUAAAGAUCAGCGAUACAAUGGUUGAUUCCAAAUCCGUUACAGAAAUCGGAUCAAUCCUAGAAAACAGCGGGAAGCCACUAAAUGACAGAUUUCGAGCACUGUUUACGUUAAGAAAUCUUGGUGGUAAGGAUGCGAUUGACAGUAUAGCCCGGUGUUUUACCGACCCAUCAGCUUUACUGAAGCAUGAGUUGGCGUAUUGUCUAGGACAGAUGCAGGACAAAUAUGCGAUUCCAACUCUGAAAAGAGUACUAGAAGAUGAAAGUCAAGAGCCAAUGGUCAGACAUGAAGCUGGUGAAGCACUGGGAGCUAUUGGAUGUGAGAGUGUCCUGCCUCUUCUGAAACAGUAUGCUGAAGAUCCUGUGAUAGAGGUUGCUGAAACGUGUCAGCUGGCAGUUCAGAGGAUUGAGUGGCUCCUCAGCACAGACAGAGAGAAGCUCUCCAACAACCCCUAUGCAUCUGUCGACCCAGCACCUCCCAACCCUGACAGCGAUGUCCCCAGUUUACGGACAGUCUUGCUGGACGAGACCAGGCCUCUGUUUGACAGAUACCGAGCUAUGUUCUCACUCCGCAAUGAUGGAAGUAACCAAUCUGUGCUUGCACUCGCUGAAGGUUUGAAGUGCAAGAGUGCACUUUUUCGCCAUGAGAUUGCCUAUGUUCUGGGACAAAUGCAGAAUGCUGCAUGCACUCAACAACUGGUUGAGAACUUGGAGGAUACUGAUGAGAACCCCAUGGUGAGACAUGAGUGUGCUGAGGCUUUGGGUGCCAUAGCAACGGAGGAGUGUAUGGAUAUCUUAAAGAAGUACCUACAGGAUGAAGAGCGGGUUGUGAAAGAGAGCUGUGUAGUUGCUCUUGAUAUGAGCGAGUACGAGAACAGUGACCAGUUUCAGUAUGCUGAUGGUCUAACUAAACUUCAAAUGGCCAACACAGCUAAACCUUUGAACAAAUGAACUUUCAUUGAUUUUAAUACAUCAACUGUAAAUAAAACUGUAAAUCUU